UCAUAUACGCAUCUAUGUUCUCGCAUUUUCCCUCUCUUCUGAGUCAACGCAAACAAAAAUAGUUUUUGACGAACAUUUAACUUUCUCCUUCUCUCUUCCAUUACAAGCAUUCACCUUGGCUUGCUUUCUUCUGCUUCCUGUCUGAAGAUCAUUAAGUUGAUGGCAAAGGAUGCUUUGGUAGUUCAUGGGAGGACGAAGAAGAGGAAGGCAUCCGGAGAAGCUCAUGCAAGCCCCACUUUCUCCUUGGAUGAACUGAGUCAAGACUUACUUGAGAGAGUCCUUUCAUGGCUUCCGGCCUCAAGCUUUCUCCGGCUGCGUUCAGUGUGCAAAAGAUGGAGCUCUGUUUCCACCUCUCCAACGUUUCAAAUCGCCUGCUCCCAGAUCUCAUUCAGAGAUCCUUGGUUUCUUAUGGUUGAUCAUGAACUCAACCAAUCUGUAAUUUUUGAUACCAGUGAAGGGAAUUGGAAGGGUCUCAUUCGCCCUACUGGAUUCAGCCAAGCCAAGCAAAUCGCCAUUGCAUCCUGUGACGGCCUGGUCUGCUUCCGUGACACCUCCGGCGGCGGCUUAGAGGUUUGCAAUCCGGUCACCGGAGCCCGUCGCGAGCUCCCUCUACCUGAAUUUACCCAGCCUCUUCAUGCUAUUUCCAUGAGCUCCUUCCACAAACACUCAUCUUUCUCCUCCUACAGAAUUGUAUUAGUUUAUGGUGAAUUUCCAAACCUCUCUUUCAGACUGUUCAAUUCAGAAAAAAACCAGUGGGAGGAUGAGGUGAUCCUAACACAUAAGGCAGGGGAUUCCUCCGACACCGAUAUCUCUGGCGGCCAAACUGUCUACUUUCUCAGCAAAUCCGGGGAGGUGGUGGCUACAAACAUGCUCAGAAGCCCAUCCAAAGAGUUCUCAUCAGUAUCUUCAAUUGAAAAUGGUGAAGAGAUAGUUUAUUUUCUCAGUCACUCUGGGACAGUGAUGGCUUGCAACCUCAGCAAGAGAAAUUUCUAUGAGCAUCCAAGGCUGCUACCAAUAUACUCUGAGUACUCCAUUGAUGUGGUUGUCUGCAAGGGUGAGUUGAUGGUCGUCGUUCUGUCAGAAUUCCUCGAGACGGCAAGUGUUCGGGUGUGGAGAUUCUGCAAGAGGAGCAAGUCGUGGAGGCAGGUUGCGGCAAUGCCGCCGUCAAUAUCUCACGAGCUCUACGGUAAGAAGGCUGACUUAAACUGUGAUGGAUGUGGGGAUAUGAUCUUUGUAUGUUUGAAUUCUGCAGAUUUCAGCAGCUGUGUGGUCUGUAAUGUUGUGGAGAAUGUUUGGAUGGAGCUGCCAAAGUGUGUUGUGAAUGGGGAGGAUAAGGAAUUUGUGUCUGCCUUCUCUUUUGAGCCAAGAGUUGAGGCUUGUGUUUGAGUCUCAUGUGUAUUGAAUUCUGUCAUUUUGAUUGCUUGUGUUUGAUUCAAUGCUGAUGCAAGUUUUUUAGCUUGUUU